AACCAGUUUAGGAAAAUAUGACUGCUUGCAUUUUGUAAUUCAGCGAAUUACAGUUAUUGUGAAAAGUUGACUACCUCUACUCCAAAUGAGUGUUUUAAGGUUUGCUCUUGGUAACAAGGGCUCUCUGCUUGAUAGAGUGUUGCAACAAGGCCUUAUAAAUCAUGCAAGAACAAAAUUCCGUGCUGUUAUAUUUGAUAUGGGUGGUGUGGUCUUGCCAAGUCCAUUUCCAAUGACAAAAGAAUAUGAGCUACAAAAGAAGAUACCACCAGGGACAAUAUGGAAAACAAUAAAAGAUUACGGAGACAAGGGAGCUUGGCCUAAACUUGAAAUUGGGGAAAUCAAUGCAGAAGAAUUCGGUCAAAUCUUUAGUGAAGAAUGCACGAAAAUAGCUGGUGAAACAGUGAAUGUUCAUGACUUUUUACCCUACCUUGAACAUGGGAUGAAAUCACCAAUAUCUGAAGUGCUGGAUGCUAUCAACUGUUUGAGACAAGAGGGUUAUAAAACUGCAUUGCUUACAAAUAAUUGGAUACAAAGUGAUGGAAAGAGUCUUUUGCCUAUAAGCAGAGAUCAUUUUGAUGUUGUAAUAGAAUCAGCAGUGGUUGGAGUGAACAAACCAAAAUAUCCAAUCUACAAUCUCUGUCUCUCACAACUCAAUGUUAAACCUGAAGACACCAUUUUCCUUGAUGAUAUGCAACCAAACUUAGUGGCAGCCAAGAGCUUGGGGAUUCAUACAAUUAAAGUUGAAGAUGUACAUGUUGCCAUCAAUGAAUUAGAACAACAGUUAAAUAUCCCACUAACAAGUACGAACAAAGGUACCACGCCGGUUCGAAAAGAAAUGCAAUUUGAUACAAGAAAAUUUACAGAGUAUUUAAAUAAUCAACUGAACAUGGGUUUAACUCAUGAACCUGAAGUUCGCGAGUUCAGCCACGGCCAGUCCAACCCAACCUACCUUAUUGAUUAUGGUCCAAAUGUGACCAAGAUGGUGUUAAGAAAGAAACCACCGGGAAAGCUACUACCUUCUGCGCAUGCUGUUGAAAGAGAGUAUAGAAUAAUGAAAGCAGUUGGUAACCAUGGUGUAAAGGUACCACCUCUGCUUGCUUUAUGUGAAGACUCCUCUAUUAUUGGAACUCCCUUCUAUGUUAUGGAACUUGUGCAGGGGAAUAUUUAUAAGGAUCCCUCACUGCCAGGAAUGACGCCUGAAUCUCGUAAAAAGGUUUAUAGAGAAAUGGUGGAUACCUUAUGUAAGAUACAUAGAGUGGAUAUUGAUAAAGCUGGAAUAAAUGAUUAUGGCAAACAUGGUAACUAUGUGGAGCGCCAAGUGGGCAUAUGGACCAAACAAUACCAACGUAGUGAGACCCACACCAUACCUUCAAUGAAUAGAUUGAUAACAUGGUUACCACAACACCUUCCAACCAAUGAAGUAACAUCUGUGGUGCACGGAGAUGUCAGGAUUGACAAUUUUAUAUUCCGUCGUGACCAGCCUGAAGUAGUGGCAACCUUAGAUUGGGAGUUGUCAACUUUAGGUGACCCGAUAUCUGACCUCGCUUACAGUUGCAUCCCCUAUUUCCUACCUACAAACUUUCCAAUUAUAUCAGGUUUAAAAGGUGUAAACCUGAACGAGUUAGGCAUCCCCACUCAUGAACAAAUACUUGAGAUGUAUUGUAAUGAAAUGCAACUACCUAAUAUUGAUAACUUCGACUUCUACAUGGCGUUUUCAUUCUUUCGUGUUGCUUCUAUCUUACAAGGGGUUUACAAACGUUCAAAACAAGGCCAAGCAAGUUCUGACCAGGCUGGAGUUACUGGUAAACUGGCUGAACAUAUGAGUGACAUAGGAUGGUCAUUUGCUUCAAAGGAAGGUUUUCGAUUAUUUAAUAAAACCAAUCCUUCAAUUGGAAGUGGGACACGCAAGUAUAGCACCCAUGCAGCCAACAAAGACAUGAAGCUACCCAUCCAUGUAUCUGCUCUACCACCCUCUACACAACAACUUCAUUCAAAUCUUCUCCAAUUUAUGGAAGAUCAUGUUUAUCCUGUGGAAAAAUCAUUUUCGGAAUAUUACAGCUCCGAAAAUCGUUGGACCCCGCACCCUGAGUUGGAAAAAUUAAAAGCCAAAGCAAAAUCUGCGGGUCUUUGGAAUUUAUUCCUCCCCCAUUCUGACCAUGGUGCGGGCCUUUGUAAUGUAGAAUAUGCUUAUCUAUGUGAGGUAAUGGGAAGAUGUCUUUAUGCACCAGAGAUAUUUAACUGCUCGGCGCCGGACACAGGAAACAUGGAAGUUCUUGCUGAGUUUGGAACUGAAGAUCAGAAGCAACGUUGGUUGAAACCUUUGCUGGAUGGAGAGAUAAGAAGUUGCUUUGCUAUGACUGAACCUCAGGUGGCAUCUUCUGAUGCAACGAACAUUGAGUCCUCCAUUGAUGAAGAUGGAGAUCGUCUUGUUUUAAACGGAAGGAAAUGGUGGACAUCGGGAGCUAUGGAUCCUCGCAUGAAAAUCAUCAUCUUUAUGGGGAAGAAUGAUAAAAAUGCUGCGAGGCACAAACAACAAAGUAUGGUGUUGGUACCUUCCGACACACCUGGUGUCGAAAUCAUUCGACCACUAACUGUGUUUGGUUUCGACGACGCACCUGUAGGCCAUGGUGAAGUCAUUUUCAAUAAUGUAUCGGUACCAAAGGAAAACAUGAUAUUAGAACCAGGUGCUGGCUUCAAGAUAGCUCAGGCAAGGUUAGGUCCAGGUAGAAUACACCACUGUAUGAGAUUGAUUGGAUCAGCUGAAAGAUCUUUAGAUUUAAUGAAAGAACGUGUAAAAUCUCGCGUUACAUUCGGUCGAGCUUUAGUAACUCGUGACACAAUAUUAAGAGAUAUCGCAACUUCGAGAAUUGAGAUUGAUCAAUGUCGGCUCCUUGUGUUGAUGACAGCUCAUAUGAUGGACGUUGCAGGAAAUAAGGCAGCAGCAAAGGAGAUAGCCAUGAUCAAAGUAGCCGUUCCAAUCACAGUGUCUCGUGUUAUUGAUCGAGCUUUGCAAGCUUUUGGUGCAGCAGGUCUUUCAGGGGAUUUCCCACUAGCUGGGUUUUAUGCGUGGUCACGUGCGUUGCGCAUCGCUGACGGACCCGACGCCGUGCAUGAGGCAGCAAUAGCGAAGAAAGAGCUAGCUUGAACACGCCACCACGCGGAGGCUUCCUUGAGUAAUUACAGCCGCUAUACGGCGCCGUGCGGUCGCCCAAAUAGUGUGUAAUUUCUGUGCGGUAAUGGCACACAUAUUAACCCGUGUUUUAAAAAUGCACGUAAUGUUUCUAUUUUAUUUGAAUUUAAAUGAAUCAUGUUACAACCUGGCUUUUCUAAUUUGUCUUUUAAUUUAGGUAGAAAAAUUCUUUAUCGGUAUAUUUAAAAUUGAGCUGCAUGUCGCGUAUAGAUUAUUCCAUUUAGAUCUAGGAAUAUACCGGCAAAGUUAACGUUAUAUGAAGGUAUUAGAUUAUUGAACUGUUUAUUGUUAAUUUAUGGAGUGUGUGCUUUUUUUAUGCAAUACGAUUUUUAAUUCUAAUACAAAACUGUAUUGAA